AUGUCCGAGCGCUCCAAAGACAUUGAGAUCGGGGUGGAUGACGACGGACUCAUCUGUCUGACGCUCGAGGCUGACGAGAUCCAUGAAGAAAACCCAGGACUGUGGAGCAAAGACUUCAGGAAUCCCAUCGACCAGAGCAGAGCGCAGCCACAAAGCCACAGCCACAAAUCUGUCCUGACCUUCCCGGACGCCUCGGAGGAAGAUCUGGGUUUGUACUCUGUGGAAGUGAGUGACGAGCCCAGCGUGUCCUCCAGCUACGAUUUCACUGCAGAAGAUCUGGAACGCCUGAAGGAGCUCAGCUGGCAAGUGAGGAAUCCGUUGAUCGGGCUGAGGUCAGACUGGCAGGUGGAGGUCUCAGAGGAAGGAAGGGUCCGACUGUGGCUUCAAACUGAGAGUCUGAGCGACGCCGCGGAGCUACGCCUCAUACUCAACGACCAGGAAAUACACAGCUCUCCGCGUCGGAAGAUCUCGUUGGACAAGGCCAAAGGUCUGGUGGAGAUUCUGUUUGACCCGCUGACCCCAGAGGACCAGGGCUCCUACACGGCUCAGCUCCGGGACGGGAAGGCCAAGAACCAGUUCACUCUAGUCUUUGUGGACGACCUGUUUCGUCAGACUCUGGCCUUGGCUGAUGCAAACAGACACAAUCAUAAGAGGAAGUCUGGGCCACACUUCCUGGAUCCUCUGUCCUGGUCUGUGACUGACGACUGUGAGCUGGUCAUAAAGUGCACGGUGACAAAUACAAACAAGGACACGAAGCUGAAGUGGUUCAAGGACGGAAAGGAGAUGAAGCAGGUCGUGUGGGACCAGACGUCUGGCCUCAGCUCGCUCACCGUCUCACAGGUUUCGCAGGAGGAGAUGGGCGCCUACAGAGCGCUGGUGUCUGAUAAGAGGGGAGAGGAUCAGAGCACGUUAAAACUAUCGGAUGGAGAGUUCGACAAGCUCCUGCAGCAGCUGAGCAAACAGUGUGCGCUGUCGGCUGGACCUCUGAGUCUGGAAUGUUCUGAGGAAGGAUUCAGACUCUACUGCAACCUCAAGUACUAUAUAUACUACCUGAAGACCAGCUGGCUCUUCAAAGGAAAGCCCAUGGACCAGAGCAGGCUGAGGACUGGCUACAGCGCACACAAGGUCUGGGCUGAGGUUCUCGGCCCCACGGAGAAGGACCAGGGGAAGUACACUUUGGAGAUGUUUGAUGGAGCCGAGACACACACACGGCACCUGGAGCUGUCCGGACCAGAGUUUGCAGACGCCCUAAAGGAAUACCAGCGGCUGAAACAAGCCGCUCUGGAUGCAAAACGCAGAGCACAUGUGAUCAAGGGGCUGCCAGAUGUGGCGGCGAUCAUGGAGUGCAAGACUCUUUGCCUGACGGCCUUCGUGGACGGCGAUCCUUACCCGGACAUCUUCUGGCUUCGAAACGACAAACAGAUCGUGAGCCAGGGCCAGUUCUCCAUCGUCAAGGAGCACAAGUGUACGACCAUCACCAUCCACAACAUCACCACUCAGGACUCCGGCAAGUACAGCAUCUUAGUGAGCAACCAGUUUGGCGCCGAGACCGUGGACGUGACCGUGAGCGUCUACAAACAAGGGGACAAGCCGCCGGCGCACGCGACGUGGUCCUCCACAGACGUGGUCCUCCACAGACGUGGUCCUCCACAGACGCGACCCUCCACAGACGCGACCCUCCACAGACGCGACCCUCCACAGACGCGACCCUCCACAGACGCGACCCUCCACAGACGUGGUCCUCCACAGACGCGACCCUCCACAGACGUGGUCCUCCACAGACGUGGUCCUCCACAGACGUGUUCCUCCACAGACGUGGUCCUCCACAGACGUGAUCUGGUUUUCUUUGUGUCGUGGUGUAAAGCAGAAGUGUUCUGUCUGCAGUUUUAG